AUUUCCGUUCUUUAUACCUCCAUUUCCAACUAACAAUAAUGAAUUUUCGAUCUUGGAGGAUUCAAUAAUAGAUUUCUUUUUUUAAAAAAAAAAACCGAAAAGAAAAAAAUUAAAAUACUUAUACAUAAAAAGAAAAAAAAAUAUUUGUAGGAGAUAAGAAGGAAAAAACAUAUAAUGAUAAAAGUUACAAUACUUAAUAAGUUCUUGUUCGUCGUGUUUGUGUUUGUGUUCGUGUUUGUAUCGAUCGUCCCCCUUCACCCUGUACAGGCUAACAUUGGUGAUUACGAUGACCAUUGGAAAGCCCGUGAGCUGGAAGCUAAGGAGAAUGCAGCUAAGGCUUACCAUACCGAUCCACACGAACUUUGUCACGAUUUUCACAAAGAAGUCCGCAAUGAUGAUUUACAUGAGACCAACAAUACAAGAAGAGCCCUAAGGAAGUUUAGUGGUGCAUGUCUAGCUGCCAACCCAAUAGACCGGUGUUGGAGGUGUGACAAGAAGUGGGCCCGGAACCGCCAAAAGUUAACCGAAUGCGCCCGUGGGUUCGGGCACAAGACCACCGGGGGUAAAAACGGACGAAUCUACGUGGUCAGCGAUAACUCGGAUAAUGACAUGGUGAACCCUAAGCCAGGAACCCUACGUCAUGCAGUGAUCCAAGACGGACCACUUUGGAUCACCUUCAAACAUGGCAUGGUUAUUAGGCUAGCCGAAGAGCUAAUCGUGUCGAGCAACAAGACGAUAGAUGGCCGGGGUGGGCACGUACACAUAGCCGGCGGGGCCGGGUUAAUGUUACAAUUUGUGGACAAUGUGAUCAUACAUGGUGUACACAUACAUGAUAUUAAGACGGGAAAUGGAGGGAUGAUACGAGAUUCUAUUAGCCAUUACGGGUUUAGGACGGCUAGUGAUGGUGAUGGUAUAUCCAUAUUUGGGUCUACUAAUAUUUGGAUUGAUCAUGUUUCCAUGUCUAGAUGUAUGGAUGGUUUGAUUGAUGCUAUUGAGGCUUCUACUGCUAUUACCAUUUCUAAUUGCCACUUCACUGACCACAAUGAUGUGAUGUUGUUUGGAGCAAGAGAUACGUCCACAAAAGACAAAAUAAUGCAAGUAACACUAGCCUUCAACCAUUUCGGAAAGCGUUUGAUACAAAGAAUGCCAAGAUGCAGAUUCGGAUUCUUCCAUGUCCUUAACAAUGACUACACUCAUUGGGAAAUGUAUGCCAUUGGUGGAAGCCAAAACCCUACUAUCAUUUCUCAUGGAAAUCGAUUCAUCGCCCCUCCUAAUCCAUUUGCUAAAGAGGUGACCAAGAGGGAAUAUACACCAUACAAUUUGUGGAAGGAUUGGCUAUGGACGUCGGAUGAAGAUAUAAUGUUGAAUGGAGCAUUCUUCAACCAGUCUGGAGAUCUAUCAAAGAAAUUCUCCUACACAAGACAAGAUAUGAUCAAAGCUAAACCGGGAAGUUACGUCAAGCGCCUCACACGCUUUGCCGGUGCCCUUAAGUGUAGGGAAGGCUUUCCAUGCUAAAUUAGGAUUAUCUACCUAAUUAAGCUACUUUGUGAUUAAUGGGAGACGAGUAAACAGCAGUUAAAUGGACUGUGUUGUAAGGAGUAUGUUCUAGUUAUACCGUCCCAAAUGCUUUGUUUUUACGUGUAAUUCUUGCUUAAAAAUAAAGGAAAGAACAAAGAGAGAAAUGUAUGAACAAAAUCAAGCAAUGUAUAGCUUUGGUUUUAAUGAAAAAAAUGAAAUCAUUUCAUGUAUAAGACCAUACAAUACCGUAAUCGCACCUCGCUAAUUGAAAACUUAACUGUUGUAAUC